GAGAGAGAGAGAGGUAUACAGGGAAAGAGAGAAAGGAGGAACAGAGGGAAUCUAGAGAGAGAGGGGGAGGGGGGGGGGGGGAAGGUGAUGACGAUGGACAGAGAGAAGGAGAGAGAGAUAGAGCUAGAGAGUGCAAUGUAUACCAACUGCUUGUUGUUAGGGCUCGAUCCGUCGAUCAUCGGAAUCGGAGCCAACAGCGGCACUCCUCGGGUAGGGCUCUUCCGUCACUCCAACCCUAAAUUGGGCGAACAGCUUCUCUACUUCAUAUUGUCUUCGCUACGCGGCCCUGUUCAAUCCGCUAAAGACUUCGAUAAAGUUUGGCCAAUUUUUGAUUCCGCACAGUCUCGCGACUUUCGGAAGGCGGUGCAAAGUAUAAUCAGCGAGCUUGAAUCUCAGGGGGCACUACCAAGGAGCAAUUCAAGGGUUUCUUCCCUCGCCACGUGUUGUGGACCGAGAUUCGUUGAACUUCUGUGGCAACUUUCUUUGCAUGCUUUGCGGGAGGUUCAUCGACGUACGUUUGCAGAUGAUGUAACUUCUAAUCCACUACCUGCUUCAUUGACAGAUGUAGCUUUCUCGCAUGCAGCUACCCUACUUCCUGUGACGAAGGCUAGAAUAGCACUUGAACGUAGGAGGUUUCUUAAAAAUGCUGAGACAGCAGUGCAAAGGCAGGCUAUGUGGUCGAAUUUGGCUCAUGAAAUGACAGCAGAGUUCCGUGGUCUUUGUGCAGAAGAGGCUUAUUUGCAGCAAGAACUGGAGAAGUUGCAUGACUUGAGAAACAAAGUAAAGUUGGAAGGGGAACUAUGGGAUGAACUUGUAUCUAGCUCAAGUCAGAAUUCUCAUUUGGUUCAGAGAGCAACCCGGUUAUGGGAUUCUUUACUAGCUCGAAAGAGUCAACAUGAAGUUCUUGCAUCGGGACCUAUUGAAGACUUGAUAGCUCAUAGGGAGCAUAGGUACCGCAUCUCUGGAUCAUCUUUACUUGCAGCCAUGGAUCAAAGUUCUCAGGUUCCUUACACAGAUGCACUGUCUGUCCAGCCUGGUAAUAUGGUAGAUGACAAAGAUGAGACAGAUGGAUCACAUGCCAACAAUGCAAAUAGAGAAAAUCCUAGCAAUGCUUUAGAUUCUUCCAUGCAAAGUGAUGAAAACUUUUCUCGAGUGGAUGACAGAGGUGGAAGAGUCCACCCCACUGUUGAUAUUGCAGAAGUCCUCCGGCGUUGGACACAUGCCUUACAACGAAUUCAUAAACAGUCACUUCAGCUGGCAAAAGCCAAUAAUGGAGAGGGCCCUGAGCUUCUACGAGGCGCACAUGAUGGCAAUACUAGUGGGCAUGCGGAAUCAUUGGCAGCAACUCUUGCUGAACAUCGGCAACAUUUAGCUAAUAUACAGGUGCUCAUCAAUCAAUUGAAGGAGGUUGCCCCAGCAAUCCAAAAUUCAAUAGCAGAGCUUACAGAGGAAGUGAACAGUAUUUCUUUGAAUCUUCCCCCAGCUACCAAGCAUAAUGGCAGAUCAACCUCACCAACUCAAGCACAGAGUAGUGGGAGAACAUUGGAAAGUAGCAGUGAUGAUGUUGCUGACUUGACCUCAAGAUUGUCAGUGGUUCAGCUUGAGAAAGUGUCAGCCAGUCCCCCUCCUUUAAAACUUCCACCUUUGUUUAGUGUGACGCCAAAUUCUUCUGGGAAAAGUGGGUCUGUGCAAAAGCGAGCCACCAUUGUUCAAACUAAUCUAAUUGAAAAUGUGUCAGAGAGGAAGACUGUGGAUCAGCCUCUAUCAAACAAUCACAUUGAUGGCUCUCCACAAGACAAUGACAAUUCUUAUAUCCAGAAUUUAAAGCGGUCUGUCAGAGAAGCUGCCUUGUCAAUGCAAUCUUGCAAUUCAGAAUCAUCACAGGACAAUCUAUCUGAUGAUAGCUCUGAGCACUACUUUGUGCCACUUUCAGCAACUGGAUUUUCUCAUCUUGGUGCAGGUAAAAGAUUAGGUUCAUUAAGGAAUAAACUAUUUGCAUCUCAAGACUUGUCAGUUGAGAAUUAUGCCCGUGAAAGUUACACUCAGAACAAGAACAAGCAACUUCCACACAUGAAUGAUAUGGAUUCAUUCCAUGAACAUGAAGGGGUAAAUGGUUUCCUCUCAGCUGCUGGGUCAAAUUAUAUGGUUUCUGAUUUGCAAAAGCAAUAUUACGGCAUUGAGGAAGACCAGGAUCAUGUAUUUUCACCUCCUUUGCUAAUGGACACAUCGUUGUUGGGAGAUUCUUAUGAAGACCUACUUGCACCAUUAUCUGAAACUGAGACUGCCUUGAUGGAACGCUGAAAUAAAACUGUAGCUGUCCCGCACCUUUGUUCUCCAGGAGUAAUUACUCAGUCGCUGUUGUGUUUUCAUUUAUCUGUUGGGGUACCCUGUAUCCAGUCACUUUGUAUGAAAUGGUGCUUGUUUAGGUCGCUAUCUGAACCUUUCGUCGUGAUGAUUUCUGCCUUCUCCUACAUUGGCACAUCCCGUGUCCAUCCUCCAGGAGUGUAGGAGCUUAAGGACGCACGCAUGCAGAAUCCUGGACCCGGAAAUGAUCAUUCCCCCUUGAAUGAUCAUUCUCCAUUGGAUUCAAGAGUUGGCUAAAGAUCCACUGCCCAAAUGAUCUGGUUGGUUGGAAGGUCUACUUGGGGUUCAGCUUAUUUCACAACUAACAACCGAGGGAAAGCGCGGAACUGAUGGUUGAGGUAAAAGCUGUAUCUGAUGGUGAAAAAAGUUUUUGUUCUGUGAUUAAUAUCGAUUACCUGAUAUACUUAUCGAUUGAUGUAUUACAUGGGAUCCAUUCAAUUGCCUGUUGCCAUUUGAUAAAAAAUGUCCCACUUGUUUUCUUUGGC